UUCCGUGCACUGUGGCACCUGUGAGAGAUCAGCCCUGGGCUCUGGCCUUGUCCCUGCCCUCCCGCCAGAGGGCAAAGGUUCAAUGCCUGUGCUGGGUGCCCUGGCCUGGUGCUGCGGGGCUGGGCUCUUUGCUGAUGCUUUCACAUCAUUGUCACAUGUCACAUGCCUGCUCCAUGUGUGCUGCUCUUCCUUGUAUGGAUAUGAUAGUGGGGAGGAAAGGUGAUGGGGCACGUAGUCUGUGAGCUGUGGAAAUAGCACUGGGGAUGUUCCCUGCAAGACAACUUUGGGUAGCAUUUGUUCCAGAUCUGCUCAGCACCAGGAGGGGAAGCGGAGCUGUAUCUCACUGCUUUGCGUGGGUUUUAAUAAAGGUCUCAAGAGGGCUGAGCUCUUCUAUGCUAUUCCAACCUCCUGCAGCUGCUGCUUGCAUUGGGGUGCAGGGGGGUCUGUGCGGCCUGGAGCAGAUCUGUGGCUGGAGCUGAGGCCGCAUCCCAGCCCGUAGUGGUCCUGGCUCUGCUGUCGGUGCUGCUUGGAGCAAGCAGGGCAGGUUUGCUUGGCCACGCUCAUGGCUGGGACUUGCCGGUCUGGGCUGGUUAGGGUAGGGAUGGAUCCUCCUCUCCUGCCCAAACCUUUUAUGAGAGCUGUGGGAGAGGCAGAACGAGAUUUUCAGGAGAGCAGGGGUUUCCCCCAGUCAGCACAGCUUGUUUUUUCCUUGUGCAGCCUCAGCACGUUGGUGGGAGCUGUGCCCUUGUAUGCCCAGAAGUCUGAGACACUGCUCACCACCUGCCUACCUAGCGUGGCUUCUGCUCUAUGAGCUCCUUCCCUGCCAUCUUUUGGGGUGCCAUCCUGCUGUUUGCAGGUCUGUCCCCAGCAUCACCCCAUGCUGCAGCUGGUGUUGCUGAUGGUACCCCUGAGGCUGAGCUCAAGCACAGCCCUGGCAUCUCUGCAGGGCUGGGGAUGCCCUAUUGCAGCCUCAAUGCCUCAAAGCAAUGGCAGCAGCCACAGUUCCCUGAGCAGUGUGCCAGGGCUGGGUGCCCACAGACUGCAGCGUGGGCUGUGGCUUCUGCUGCUGCGGCCAGUUGGGACAAAGCAGCUGCUGAGCAAGUGUUGGGCUUUGGAGCUGCCUUCUGAGAAGAAAUCUGUGGGCUGGGAACAAAGCAGUGGCUUUGGGAAGCAGCGGAUGGUGAGGGAUUGGGGAGCACAGCACUCAGCCUGGGUUUUGUUCCCACUCUGUGCUGCAGUGAUGAAGAGGAAGGCUCCUGGCUCCCGGCUCGAGGUGCAGACUGUGUGGACGCUCCGCCUCCAGAAUCCAAAAUCAGGAGCUUCUUUGGGUUAUGGUAUCAGGGCAGCAGCAAAGACCCCCCCGUGCCCAGCUGCUCCGGAGCCUGGGAAAUCAUCGACUCACUGGACACACAGCAGGAGCAGAUGGGAGAGCACAAACCAGACCGAGGCGCACCAGCACUCUGACCCUGUUGGAUCUGACCGUGGCAUCACCGGGAGCCACAGAGCACAGCGUGGUGCACGGCUGGGAUGCUCAGCUGGCACAGAGCAGCUCGGCACCUCCGGGCACUUUGCCCCAUCCUGCCCCACGUGGGUGUUUCACAUCUUCCCUUCCCAACAUCUCUCCAUCCCUGCAAUGUGAAGAUGAAGAGCUGUCUGGGUGCUGCCCUGUUUUCCCCAUGCCGGGCUGAGCACGCACUGCAAAGGUCAGGAACAGACAAGGCUGUGGCAUUCCCUGCCUCCUCCUUCCCCCUGCACCCCUGGCGUGGGGCUGGGACGCCUCCUCCCGCGUUUCCUCAGGAAGAAACCAAGGCUGGCGGGAGGAAGAGGCUGAGCCACAGGAGAGAAACCCACAGACGGACAGACGGAUGGACAGACGCUGCUGCCCCGGCGGGAUGGCGAGCACCCGCCUGCUGCUCUGCCUGCAGCUGUGGCUGUGGGUGCAGGGCUCUGCCCAGGAGCUCGACCCUAAUGGCAAGAAUGUCUGCAAGGUGGGCAGCCUUGCCAUGAACCUGGCGUGCUGCCCCGGCUGGAAGCAGGAAGGGAGGGAGUGCACAACUGCACUCUGUGAAGGGGAGGAAGCCUGCGGGCCGGAAGAAGUGUGCGUGAGACCUGGGAUGUGCCGCUGCAAACCCGGCUUCUUCGGUGCAGAUUGCAGCUCCCCCUGCCCGGCGCAGUACUGGGGUCACGACUGCAAGCGGCGCUGUCUGUGCCACCCCGGUGGGACGUGCGAGGCGGAGAGCGGGCGCUGCACCUGCAACCCCGAGCGCUGGGGAGAGCUGUGCCAGUUCCGCUGCCCCUGCGGCCCCCACGGCCGUUGUGACCCCACGACUGGAGCCUGCCGCUGUGAGCCGGGCUGGUGGGGUCCUGACUGCAAGAAGCAGUGCCAGUGCAACCUCGCCACCUCACGCUGCGACCCUCUCACCGGGCACUGCCAUUGCCGGCUGGGCUGGUGGGGAAGGAAGUGCAGAUUCAAGUGCUCCUGCAACCUCUCACCCUGCGCCCAGGAGACGGGCAAUUGCAAAUGCAAGGCUGGUUUUUGGGGGUCGGCGUGCCAGUGGCACUGCGACUGUCUGCGUGGUUCCUGCAACCCUCUCAAUGGGCAUUGCAGCUGUGAGCCAGGUUUCCAGGGCAGGAGCUGCCAGGACCCCUGCCCAGCAGGGAGUUAUGGGUCCCAGUGCGUGCACAGCUGUGGGAACUGCAAGCACAACCAGCCCUGUUCAUCUGUGGAUGGCUUCUGCCUGGAGUGCCAGCCUGGCUGGAAUGGGACCCUGUGCAAGGAACGCUGCACACCCGGCUUCUAUGGCCAAGGCUGCCUCCAGCCCUGCCCACACUGCCGGCAAGGGGACAUCUGUGAUGCAGAGACCGGUUCCUGCCCACGCUGUGAGCCUGGCUGGACAGGACCCAGCUGUAACAGCUCCUGCCCUGCAGGGACGUUUGGUGAUGGAUGCCAGCUGCUGUGCCCCGAGUGUGUCUGGGGGAGCUGUGAUCCUGUGUCGGGUGACUGCCUCUGCCAGGCUGGCUACUGGGGAGCCAGCUGUAACGACACCUGCCCAGAGGGCUUUUUUGGGGUGAACUGUUCCUCCCCUUGCCAGUGCUCACGAGGAACCUGCCACCCUGCACAGGGCAACUGCAUAUUGAGUCUGACAGACCACGCAGCUCUGGCUGCUGCCAUCCUCAUCCCUCUCCUCCUGCUGCUGCUUUGUGUUGCUUGCUGCUGCUGCGGUGCUGGCCCUGCGGAUGCCAGAGACAGGGCGGCCGUGCCGGAUGACGACGUGGUGGCCAGGAUGAAACACCACGUGCAGGGCGUGCUGGCCAAUAUCAGUGCUAUGAUGCCUUGCUUCACCCUCAACAGCUCCAAGCUUCCCAAAGUCACAGUUUCCCACCACGAUGCAGAAAUCCCCUUCAACCCCAGCUUCAUCGAGUCGCCAUCAGCUGCAUGGGCUUCAGACAGCUCCUUCUCCUCCUUCGACACCGACAACGAAGGGCCAGAGUAUUCCGUCCCUCCCAGAGAAGGGGUCCCACUGCUGUCAGGGGCUGAGCUGCAGGCCGGGAUGUCCCCCCCCAGCGAGGCGCUCCCUGACCCCACCGCCUUCAGCUCUGAGGAUGUCUCGCAGCCCUUCACCAUUCCCCGCACCUCCAGCAUCGCCAAGGCCAAGCGGCCCUCUGUCUCCUUUGCUGAGGGGACGAAAUUCAGCACAGCGGAGACCCCCAGCCCUGGGCGGAAGCCAAAAGCCCUGUGGGGGCCAUCCAAGCUGUCCCUGCAAGCAGGAGAUGUGGGGACCGAGAUCCCCGCUGAGCAGGCAGGCAGUGAUGGUUACGAGAGCCCUGAUCCCCUCAGCAAAGGGGACGAAAGCCACCGGCCAUCACCUCGGGCCACGCCGGGGGGCCGCCGACGGAUGGUCACCAGCACCAGACACGUGGCCCAAAGGGUAGAAGCCCUGGAAGCGGCUGCAAAAAGGGGCAGCUGGGAUGGGAAGAGGAAAGAGCCCAACGUCACCACCAUCUACAUGACGGUGGGGACGGCUGGGCAGGACCCCAAAGCUGAGGGGGGUGUUGAAGGUCCGGUGCAGGCUGUGCUGAAGCGGCUGGGCAGCUUGCAGAGAGGAAGGUGGGCUGCCAAGGAGGAGCCCAUGGUAAGGAGGAGCAUGGAAGGCAUCCAAAAACCACCCCGCCGGGCUCUGGCACAGCGUAGGGAUUCGGCAAAUGGCUGCAAGCAGAGGGAGAGUGUGCCGGGGGCUCCCGGUGAGCUGUGCCCUGGAAAACAGCAGCAUCCUCCUGGGAAGAGACAGUCGUUCCCACUGGAAUCAACAAAAAGCACUGGGGGCCAGGAUGGGGUUGGUGAGGGCCUGGGUGCUGCAGAAAGUGGCAAAAGCCUUGAGCUGGCCCUAAGCGUGGAAACGAAAGGCCAGGUUGCCCAGGAGGAAGAGCCGAAAUAUGAGAAUGUGAGCAGCAGAAAUGAGGAUGCACCAACCAACCCUGCGACCACCUGAGCCCCCAGACCUGAGGCUGAGGCACAAGGUGACCCACAGGACCCUUUGGGUUGUCCCCAGCCUGGGGGAGCCAAGAUCCUCCCCAGGCUAGGCAUAUGGAGCCUUCCCCUUAUUGCCCUUCCCUUCGUGCCGUGCUUCAUGCAGCAUCCAGCUGUGUGCAGCCCCAGCAGGUCGUGGUGCUUCGGAGCUGUUUUCCACCUCCUCCAUUCUAUGUCCUCCACAAAAGCUGGAUGGGAAAUGACUUUUUGUGGGUGCCCUGCCCUGCAUCACCACAGUGCUGAGAGGUGGUGAGGGUGCUGCUGGGUGCUGGAGGAGCCACAGCCCUCCCAGGAGCUGGGUUCGGAUGUAUAUAGGUGCUACAAGUUUUGUUGCAUGUCCUUCUGUUAUUUCAAGUGGCGCAACGUGGAAAUAAAAUGUUACCAAAGGA